CGUCUCUCAUCAUCCCUAUUCUCAUGCGUUCCUUUUCUUUCAGCUAUUGGUUGCGUUACAUAUGGCGACAACCACCACUUCAACAAUAGACGAUGAUCUCCAGUCUCUUCUCUCCGAGCAACGUCGUGAACUCAUGGCGGCGCAAUCUCUUGAUUCCGACUUAGACUUCGCUUUCCAACUCCAACUCCAAGAAGCCAUCAACGCUUCCCUCUCCCUCCACCCUUCCUCUUCAACGUCGCGACAACCACAACAGCAACCACAAUCCGCACCUUCAUCCGACCAAAACGACACUGUUUCGUUACCUUCCCUCCUAUCGGAAGAGAUCACAAAACUUGAACAAGAAAUAAACGACCGAAAACAAUCCGAAUUCGAAACACAAAAAAUUAAAGAAGAUCUCCACCGUCGGGUUCAUGAUCAGAAAUUAGCGCGUGAGAUUUUGAGAAUUCCGGAGCCUGAGUGGCGCCAGUGGGGUGAUAAUUUUGAGAAACCUUAUGGAGAGGGCAGCAGCAGCAGCAGCAGCAGCGGUGCUUCUAGAAGCGUUCAGAAUAGUGAUAGUGUGUUUAGAUUGUAUUUUAAGGGAUUGAUAUGUGAAGAGAAUGUGAGGGAUAAAAAGGAGAAUUUGGCUGGGAUUGGAGUUGCAAUUUGUGAUCCUGUUGAUAAUUUAGUGUUUGAGAUAAGGAAGCCUUUGGUUGGGAAUGGAAUGGGUAGACAAGUUGCUGAGACAAAGGCUUUAAUUGAAGGGCUAAAUGCUGCUCUUGCCUUGGAGCUUAAGAGGAUUGUGAUUUAUUGUGAUUAUUAUCCUCUUUAUCAAUUUAUUAUUGGAAGAUGGCCGCCAAAGCAGCGCAAGGUUGCAAUGUUAGUCAAUCAGGUGUCUUUUCUUCAAAAGAAAUUCACAUACUGCAGGACCACUCUUGUGCCACGUAGUAGUAUCAAAUAUGCAUUUAAACUUGCAAAAGAUGCAAUAGAUUCUCAGGUCAGAAGGCCUGCAGAUUCAAGUCGUGGCAAGACUCUUCAGGAGACUUGCGUUAUUUGUUUGGAAGAUACGGAUGUCAAACGCAUUUUUUCAGUUGAUGGAUGCCGGCAUCGGUACUGCUUUUCGUGUAUGAAACAGCACGUGGAAGUGAAGUUGCUUCAUGUCAUGUUGCCUAAAUGUCCUCAUGAUGGCUGCAAGUCAGAGCUUACUGUUGACAGCUGUAGGAAAUUCUUGACACCUAAGUUAAUUGAGAUAAUGAGCCAGAGAAUGAAAGAAGCUUCAAUUCCUGCAUCAGAGAGGAUUUACUGCCCAUACCCCAAGUGCUCAGCGUUAAUGUCGAGAAAUGAGGUUUCUGAUGGUUCUGAACGUUCCGGUGCUCGGAAAUGCUUGAAAUGUCAUGCCCUUUUCUGUAUUAACUGCAAGGUCCCCUGGCACAGUAAUAUGACUUGUGGUAUUUACAAACUGCUGAACCCUAACCCGCCUGGAGAAGAUGGGAAACUGAAGUCUCUUGCUACAAAGAAUCUAUGGCGCCAGUGCGUGAAAUGCAACCACAUGAUUGAGCUUGCCGAAGGUUGUUAUCACAUGACUUGCAGAUGUGGGUAUGAGUUUUGCUAUAAUUGUGGAGCUGAGUGGAAGGACAAAAAGGCAACAUGUUCUUGUCCAAUCUGGGAUGAAAACUAUAUAUUGCAUGAUCAAAAUGGAUUAGACUCCGAUGAAGAAGAUGAUGAUCUCGAGUUUGAUGAUGACAAUGAUGAUGAGUACGAGUUCUAUCGCCAUGAUUAUGACUCGGAUUCUGAUGAUUAUUUCUUGUAAAUGUAAAAAAUUUACACACCAACCUGCAUCUUUCUCUUGUUUUGUCUGCGACAGUGUUCGUGUGUGUAAGGUCGCAAUAUAUUUUAACUGUUUAAACACGUAGCUGGGAUUCUUUGCACUUUUUAAGUGGUUGAUGGACAAGGUUAGACUUGUUUUUUCUCUUUCUACUAAUUCAAUAUUUUCCUUUU